AAAAGUGAUAGUGUCAGUGCUAUUAAGAUUCCCUCCUUUCCAUGCUCAUGCUCAUAAGUCCUCUGCUUGCAAUGCAUGGACAAUGUCUGCGGCUGUGAGACUUAUCAGAAGAAUGCUGACCCCAAGGAUAACUCUAGUGGCCUCGGUGCUCUUCAUCCUAACAUUUCACUGUUCAACAGCAAAUGAUGCCCCAUUCUCACUCACUAACAAGGCCACUGGUUUCUGUUUGCUGAAAAAAUUUACCCGCUGCCUUGACGUGCGCUGGACGACUAGUAACCGGCUUUAUGCUGUCACAACCAAAAAGUGCCUGGGAGUGCAGGGCAAAAGUGUGGGGAGUGAAGUGAGCCUCUACGACUGUAACGACAAGUCUGACCUCCAAAAGUGGGAAUGCAAGAAUGGAACACUGCUCGCCCUGAAAGGCCAAGAGCUCUACGUUGAAAUCAAACCUGAUGAAACAAUUGCUCUCUCCAAAACCAUUGGGCCAAAUAACCACCUCACAAUCACUGGGACAUCCAGCGGUGCUUGCACAAGAACAUACAGAGAACUUUAUACCAUCGAAGGAAAUGCAUUUGGUAAGCCCUGCAUGUUUCCCUUCAUGUACAAAGACCGGUGGUUUGGAGACUGCACUACGUUUGACUCCUCACAAAAACGUCUUUGGUGUGCAAUCGAAACAAAAUAUGAACGUGAACAGUGGGGAUACUGCCCGACUACUUCCAGAGACCACUGGAUGAAAAACCUUGUUACAGGAGCGAAUUACCAGCUCAACCCACAGGCACUUCUGACUUGGCCUCAGGCUCAGGCCAGUUGCAAACAGCAGGGUGCCUCGCUGGUCAGUAUCACUGACCCCCAUGAGCGGGCUUACAUCUCAGCACUGUUAGGAUCAUCGAGGCAAAAACUUUGGACUGGGCUGGUUCUGGACCCAGAACAUGGAUGGCAGUGGUCAGAUGGGAAGCCUUUCCGUUAUCUGAGAUGGGGCACUGGAAACCCACUUCCUAAUCCAGGACACAACUGUGCAUUUCUUGACUCCGCUGGGCAGCAUACUUGGCAAAGUUCAUCCUGCGUGAAGAAAAUGGGCUACAUCUGCUACAAUGAUGGGACCCCGCCAGCUCCACCACAAAUUGAGCAAGGAUUUUGUUCAAGCCCCUGGAUUCCCUACAAUGGUCACUGCUUCCACCUUCAGCGUACCCCUCAAACAUGGAUGAAUGCUCAGAAAGAGUGUCGCAAAGAACAUGGGGACCUAGUGAGCAUUCGCAAUGUGGAGGACCAAAGCUUUGUCAUCUCUCAACUUGGAUACACAUCCACUGAUGAGCUUUGGAUUGGACUGAAUGACAGGAAGACAGAGGGGCUGUUUGACUGGAGUGACCAGUCUACUGUCAGCUUUACCAGCUGGAAGUAUGGGAAACCAGCUGUCUCCACUGCUGAAGAAGACUGUGUUCUCAUCACGGGGGAGAAAGGGAACUGGGCAGAUCGCUUGUGUGAUGAGAAACACGGCUUUAUCUGUAUGAAAGAGAGUGAAACUGAACGCACUGGAGAUGAGGUAGAGCUGGACAUAGGCUGCAAAGCGGGUUGGAAAAGACAUGGCUCCUACUGCUACUUUGUAGGAACUGAGACAAAGACUUUUGAUGAAGCUAAAAAUGACUGCAAGAGCUCAGAGUCCUACUUAGCUGAUGUUUCAAAUGGGGUGGACAAUGCAUUCCUAGUCAGCCUGGUAGGCUUGAGACCAGAGAAGUACUUCUGGCUUGGACUCUCAAACCAGAAAGACAUUGAUCAGUUCGUGUGGACCAACACAGACUCAGUGAGGUUUACUCACUGGAACGCCGAAAUGCCGGGUCAUCGACAGGGCUGUGUUGCCAUGACAACCGGGAUUUUGGCUGGACUCUGGGAUCUGCUGCCCUGCACUAAUCAGGAGAAAUACAUCUGCAAACACCUGGCAGAGGGGGCAGUUUUAACUGUUCCACCACCAACUCAAACACCUCCUUCGUGUGCAGAUGGUUGGACUCGUGUGGGAACAAGAAACGUCUGCUCUAAGUUUUUUACAGGGCCUCGUGCAAAUGAGAAGACCUGGUUUGAGGCCAGGGAUUACUGUAGGGCUAUUGGAGGAGACCUCCUCAGCAUCCACAGCCCUGCUGACCUACUAGUGGGACGACAUGGAAAAGGCUGGAUUGGACUUCAUGUCCCUGAUCCAAACACUGGUUAUGUAUGGAGUGAUGGAUCCCCGGUAAACUUCCAGCACUGGCAGGAAGGCGAGCCAAACAAUUUUAAUAACGCAGAAUCUUGUGCUGAAUACAAAAUAUAUAACUGGGAUGAGUCUGGGUCCUGGAACGAUGUGAACUGUGAGAGUUACAAUGACUGGCUGUGUCAGAUCCGCCAAGGAAUGACUCCAAACCCGCCUCCAAAUACAACCACAACAGAGUUUAAUACCACUUCAGAUGGCUGGCUUGUGUGGAGAGGGAAUCAGUAUUACAUUAACAGAAUGUCCAUGCCCAUGGAAGACGCUCGUCACUUCUGUCAGAGGAGGCAUGGCGACUUGGUAUCUAUCAGCAGUAAAGAUGAAAAUGUGUUCUUAUGGAAACAGAUUUCCAGAAGCUAUGGGCACUAUUAUAUAGGUUUGUCAGUGGAUCUUGAUGGGUCAUUUUGGUGGAUGGAUGACACUCCAGUAGCACUGCAAAGAUGGGAUGAAAAUCAACCUAAAGCUGAUGCCUUUGAUGAGAACUGUGUUACUAUGGCUUACUACAUGGGCUUCUGGCGCACUUGUAACUGUGGCCAAGAGCACCAGUCCAUUUGUAAACGAGGAUCCUCACCACCUGUCAACACCACUGCAGCCCCAACUAUUCCUCCUAAAGGAGACUGCCCACUCAAGUGGACAAAAUUUGACUCAAAGUGUUAUAGUAUCAAUUCUGCCCGGAGGACCACCUGGGAAGAAGCAAGGAGACAGUGCAUUACCAUAGGAGGAAAUUUAGUCUCUAUUCCUACAAGACGUGUGCAAGCAUUUUUGAUCACCAAAAUGGCUGAAGUAGCAAAUACAGACCUGUGGAUCGGUUUGAAUGGCAUAAAACACGAUGGAUUUUACUGGACUGAUGGAAAACCAAGGCGAUAUACCAACUGGGGCUAUUCUAAAAAUCAACAUCGUCCUGGGACAUUUUAUCAAAGAUGGAAUGAGGAAGACUGUGUUGUGAUGAGCAAUAAUCCAAGUCUUGGCACCGGUAAAUGGUCGAUUAAAGCUUGCAACGACACCAAUGGAUAUGUCUGUCUUCGAGAUCUUGACUCAAACAUCCCGGCUAAACCAGAACCAAUAGUUCCUACAGUCUAUGUAGCUCUGGGAAAUGACAGCAUCAAGGCUGUGACUCAAAAUCUAACCUGGGGUGAUGCCAAGAGACACUGCGAAGGUGAGCAAGCGAGCUUGGCUAGCCUGCGAAAUGAAUGGACACAGGCCUACGUUGAGCUGCUGGCUAUGAAUCUCAAAUCUCCUCUGUGGAUUGGACUGAACAAAAAUCAGACUGGAGGUUACUUUAGGUAUACUGAUGGCUGGCACCUGAACUUUGCCAGCUGGGCUGAAGGCGAACCUAGCAGGGAACGACCUUGUGUGUACCUGGAUGUGGACGGAAAAUGGAAGACUGCUUUGUGCAAUCGGACCAUGAACAGUGUUUGCAUGCAGUCUACAGAUGUGGCACCAACAGAGUCAACCAACUUCCCAGGAGUUUGCCCUGAAGAGGCAAAUGCGGAUUAUCAACAGAGUUAUACCUGGAUGCCAUUUAAGGGUCAUUGCUAUUUGUUUAUCACAGAUGAAACUGAAUGGCCAAAUGCAGCUAGCAACUGUGCAAGGCAUGGUGGAAGCCUGGCUACCAUUGAAGAUCCUUCUGAGCAACAAUUCCUCCAAAGCAAUGUGGAAAUGUUUCAAGACAGCCACACCUCGUUCUGGAUUGGCCUGUAUAAAACUCAUAAAGGGACAUGGAUGUGGUUGGAUAAAACAGUCAUGGACUACACUAACUGGGCUGAAGAUGAGCCUGAUUCUGAAUUUGGAGCUAUAUCAACCUCAGAUGGGAUUUGGAAGACAGGUCGUAGAUGGCAUGACAGACCAUACAUCUGUAAGACACCUAAAGUGAUACUCAAAGAUUCAGGGUCAAAACCUGAACCUCAUGGAGGUCAGGAUCCUCGCAGUCGUGUCCACACGAGUUUGGUAGUUGUGCUGAUCAUUGCCAUCACUUCUUCACUGAUAGUCAUAGCAUUCUUCCUCUACAAGAAGUCCCCUCGGCCCUUACCCACCUUUGACAAUCCACUCUACUUCGACAGUGAAAGAUCUCAGCCCGAUGUGGUGGACACCAAUAAACUGAUAGAGAAUGCAGAGGUAGAAAAUCCUGAGCCUAUUAUAACUCUGUGAUUUAUAAAGUGGCAGAAACUAGUGGGACAUACACGAUGCUGUAUCUCAGACUGAUGUAUUACACUUUCAUUCAUGUUUUUGCUUGGUUUGUUUGUUUUUUUACUAUAGACAGUCUAUAUUCAGUUAUUUAACAGUAUGUCACAAAGUGUGAGUUUCAAUGGAGUUGGCGAUGUCUAACCUCAUGGAACAGAACAAUUUAGGCUCUAGGAUGUCUCAAUGGAAAUGAUUAGUAUUUGAUUUUUUUUGAUGACUGAAUGUAUAUAAUUGUUACAUGUUAUGCUUACGCCCACUAGAUGCUGUUCAUUGCUUGUACUCUUGAAAUGCGCAAAAAUCUCACUGCUUGUCACUUUUAAAUGAACAUUAAACUGUGUUGGCACAACACAAUAAAUUUCCA